CCGGCGUGGGGGCCAGGAGAGGGGAGCGCGGCGUGGAGGUGCCAGCGGGCGCGGGCGCGACGAGACUGGAGCCCCUGUGGCGAGCCGAGCCGAGCGCAGCGGGGACGGGGACCCAGGGCCGCGGCGGCGGCGGCGGCGGCGGGAGGACGAUGGCAGUGCCCGCCGGAGCCGAGGCAGUGAUUGCAGCCCCAGCCCGCAGGCGCUGGCUGUGGUCGGUGCUGGCGGCGGCGCUCGGGCUGUUGACCACGGGCACAUCGGCCUUGGAGGUAUAUACCCCAAAAGAAAUCUUCGUGGCAAAUGGGACACAAGGGAAGCUGACUUGCAAGUUCAAGUCUACUAAUACCACCGGCACGUUGACCUCAGUCUCCUGGAGCUUCCAGCCAGAGGGGACCGACACCACUGUGUCGUUUUUCCACUACUCGCAAGGGCAGGUGUAUCCUGGGAAUUACCCACCGUUUAAGGACAGAAUCAGCUGGGCUGGAGACCUCGACAAGAAAGAUGCGUCAAUCAACAUAGAAAAUAUGCAGUUUAUACACAACGGCACCUAUAUUUGUGAUGUCAAGAACCCUCCUGACAUUGUUGUCCAGCCAGGGCACAUUAGGCUCUAUGUUGUAGAGAAAGAGAUCUUGCCCGUGUUUCCAGUUUGGGUGGUGGUGGGUAUAGUUACUGCCGUGGUCCUAGGGCUCACUCUGCUCAUCAGCAUGAUCCUGGCUGUCCUCUAUAGAAGGAGAAACUCUAAACGGGACUACACUGGCUGCAGUACAUCAGAGAGUGUCUCACCGGUUAAGCAGGCUCCCCGGAAGUCCCCCUGCGACACAGAGGGUCUAGUAAAGAGCCUGCCUUCUGGAUCUCACCAGGGCCCAGUCAUAUAUGCGCAGUUAGACCACUCUGGCGGACAUCACAGUGACAAGAUUAACAAGUCAGAGUCUGUGGUGUAUGCGGACAUCCGGAAAAAUUGAGAGAAGACCCAGAACGUGUCCUAAGCAAGAAGCAGAUCCAAACUGGACUCUUACGCAGCAAGUGUAGCCCGUGACCACGUGUGGCCUUGGAGACCUGGGCAAGGACGAGCACAUGUGUAUUCAUGGAGGGAGGAAAAGACGUGUAUAGACGAUAUGCGUAACUAUUCUAUUUAAUCCGAUGUGGGGAGCCAGUGUUGCAUGAUGAAAAGAUGCUAUGACUCUAUGUGUAUAUAAAUUGUCUUGCUGUUUUGUGCUUUCCUUCAGGGUCAUUUACAGUUGAGCAAAGUCAGAAACAUUCCUGUCGCUGUGCUUUAGGUGUGGUUCGCCUUACCGGAGGUGGUAGCCCAUCUUUGUAUUCGAGUAGACGUGGCCCUUUGGUCUAAGGGCUUAACCGGUCUUAGCUUUUAUUGGGGUUGGAGAGUGGGGAUACCGGUGCCGGGAGCACGUCCAGGGUGGCCUCUACCCAGUGUCUGCACCACCUGUUCGGCUGUCGUUUUUAGAAAACAUCCACGAGCUCUGCCACUUGGGACACCGUUUGAGGGUUUUUGUUGGUGUUUGUCUCUCUAAAAUCCAGGCGUGGGUUUCUUUGUUUUUGUUCUUGUUUUUUGCUUCGUGUGUGAGGCUUACUUUAACGUCACGCCCUUUAUCUUAUCAGUGUGUGGACCCAUCAUAGCAAGACUAGCAAAGGGUGAAUGCCAAGGUCACUUCUUUCCAGGUACUUUCAGAUCAAUGCCAUACACACAACUGAAGUAGAAAAGCCACGCCUUGCUUGAGGAGUGCGGUAGCGUUUGGAGGCUAAAAGGUACCACUUAACAUUCUUUGCCAGAGUCUUAUACAGCGGAAGGAGACGAGCUUCAUUUCCUUUUAAGUGGGCACAAAUGGGCUAAUUGGAAAGCCAGCCCGUGGUACCCCAGAGCUCUCGCUGGAGAAUCGGCCUUGUAAAAGCUUCCGUCAUCAUUCCGGCAAGAGGCAGCGUCCGUCGUGGCUCUGCAAUAGCUUCUCGGUGCCUCAGAGACCUCGGAGGUUCAGGACAGUCUAGGUUUUUUUAAAUCAGCAAGCAGGGCUGUUAGCACCAUUCUUUCGGGAAUCUCUUCUCAUUCCCGUUUCGGGGCUUUUUUUGGUGGUUUGUUUCUGGUUUUCCUUUUCUUUUUUGGCUUUUCCUUUUCUUCCCACUUUUUCCCAUUCACAUGGAAUUGGGAAGCAAUGAGAUGAGGAAAAAUCUAGACACUUUGGGUAUUCUUUCCAGUAGCUCAUUUUCUUCCACUGACUACCCCCACCCCCUGUCGGGCCUCUGAGUUUUUAUCUUUUGCUGGGAGUGAAAAGCAUGGUGAAGGUCCUCGAGCACAUUUACAUUGUCAUUCCCCCUUUUUCUAGAUUAUUUUGUUUUAACAGAAUUUAACAGGCCCCCAGCCAGCCAGGGACGCAGAGGGCUCACCCCGAGACAUUUCUGCAAAGCGGUCCACUUUUGCCUGGCGUCCUAAAACUUCCUUGCGUCCAUUGUGAGAACUACAGGAGCCUUUAAAAGACGUGUGUGUGUGUGUGUGUGUGUGUGUGUGUGUGUGUGUGUUGGGGAGGAUGGGGGUGCUGGGAUUGUCACCCUUCUUCAAACUGAUGCCAAGUUAACAAUAUUCUUGGCAAACCUUUGCCACUGUGAGAAUCUGUGACCGAGACUGUUUUUAAGGCAGAAAGAACACGAAUUGUUGAGAGACCGAAUGUGUGCCUUUCUACGUGUAAUGGUUCCUUACAGUCGCUUUUUACAGAGAAAGGGCCACUCUCCUUUUUCUGCACAGGUCCUGUGAAUAAAGCAUACAUUCCUGACACCUCCUGACAGCAGGAGUCCCGAUUCCUUCCUUUCCUUGCUGGGACCCUGUGCUCGUGAAGCUGCCACCUGGAACCAGCCCCGCCCGCCCCGCCUCCCCCACCCCUGAGGUUGCCUCCCGCCAGGCCAGGCGCCCUCCCCACCCGGCCAGACACCUCGGGCUGCCAUGUCAGCACGUGCACGGUGGCCGAGAGUCCCCCACCACGCUGCAGCGCCCCCACCCCGCUGGGUCCGCGGGGCAGGCUUGUCUGAAGGAAGCUGCUAGCAACUGGGGUAGAGCGCCUCGGGGGCAGGGCUUUUGCCUAACCUCCUGUGGAUUUUUGGGCCCUUCCUCUUGGCUGCCAGCGUGCCUGGGCCUGGCCACACAGGACACUGGCCCAGUUGCCUUUUCCGUGUCCAAUUAUUGGCAGAAUGAGACCUUUUAAAGUUACACGUGAUUUUUGUAGGGGGCCACCUAGAAGGGAUUAGAGGUGCGAAUUCCAAACCACCUGUAGUGUUUCGAUGGAAAUGUAUCCGGCUAGGGGAAAAACCAUCAAGUUCAUUAAUUUUUUGUUUUUUUUCCUUUCUCGAUUGUACCUUUGUGAAUAUUUUAAUACAUCUUUUUCAAUUACUGAA